AGAGAAGGCGCCAUGAGGUUUCAUUUGGCCGCUUUUUGGUUAUUUUUGUUGACAGUUGGCGGCAAGCGGCAGCAGCAAUUAAGCGCUGAUUGUUGCCACGGGGCAGCCACUUGGGGCAUGCCMACUGCAGCUGCAGCUGCAGAUGCCACUGCAGCAGUUGCACCAAAGCUAAAUUCAAUCGAUGGCCGCAUCGGAAAUGAGUCGCAGAACGCAACAAAAUUUCGUGUGGCCGCAAUUCGAACGCCAGUCGAACCUCCGCCGGUUAUUGGGGACAUCACAACAACGACAAAGGCAACAACAACAUGGCCUUCAGCUCUAACGGAUGCCACAACGCUGACGGCCAAAACAAUCGCUCAGCUGGCAUUCAAGUCGGCCAAGGCAAACACUUUAGAGCUGAGCUUUAAGCAGCGCAUGGCUCAGCUAUUCGCCAGCGAGGAGCAGCCAGAGUCCACUCUAACAACAACAACAACAGCUGCCACGSCUGACAGCGAUAGCAGCACUCACCAUCCGGAAAGGCGGCACGUGGUGCCCGACAAGCUGCUCUACACACCGGAGCUGCAAAUCAAACAGGGUCGCCUCAUGGGCAUCACACGUCGCUUCCAGGUAACAAGCGGCCUGCGCGAGGUGGAUCAAUACUUGGGGCUGCCCUAUGCGGAGGCGCCCACUGGGAGCAGGCGCUUCAUGCCGCCAGGUGCGCCCUUGCCAUGGCAGGGCCUGAAAAUCGCGCGUCAUUUGCCGCCGGUUUGUCCACAAAAACUGCCGGAUGUGUCCGGGCCGAGCAGUGUAAACAUGUCACAGGGCCGCUACAGGCACUUGAUGCGACUGAUGCCCUAUCUGAAAACGGAGAGCGAGGACUGCUUGUAUCUGAACGUGUACGUGCCGCACACAGACUCCGGGGCAGGGACCAAGCAGCACGCCGUGCUUGUUUAUUUGCAUGGCGAGUCCUUUGAGUGGAACAGCGGCAAUGCCUACGAUGGCUCCGUUCUGGCCAGUUACGGGGAGGUCAUUGUGGUCACUGUCAACUAUCGGCUCGGCGUUUUAGGGUUUAUGCGUCCGGGCAUCGAUGCUCAUAAUAUAGCCAACUAUGCGCUGCUCGAUCAGAUAGCGGCGCUGCACUGGAUCAAGGAGAACAUCGCGUCCUUCGGUGGGGACAACACGCGCGUCACGCUCAUGGGCCACAGCACCGGCGCCGCCUGCGUCAAUUACCUAAUGGUCUCGCCGGUAGCAUCAGGUCUAUUCCAUCGCGCCAUUCUCAUGUCCGGCUCGGCCAUGUCCGACUGGGCCGCCAGCAAUCAGUCCCUGCAAUUGACCAUGCAAAUAGCCCAGUCCCUCGACUGUCCGCUGGCUGGCCACGAGGAGGACGAUGCUCUGCUCAAUUGCCUGCGCCAACGUCGCUACCAGGAUAUCUUGCACAUACCAACAUCGUUUCAACAAUUUUCAACAUCAUUGGGUCCAAUUGUCGAUGGACACGUAAUACCAAAUCAACCAUACAAGGUCAUGGGGCAUUAUACGGAGCAUUUCAGCCGUUAUGAUUUAUUAUUCGGCAUCACGGAGUCAGAAUCCUAUCAUACAUUGGCCGCAUUAGCACUCGAGGAAGGAUUAUCUGAAAAUGAACGUGAUAAUUUAUUGCGCUUCUAUAUGCAGAGUCGCUUUGAUGUUCGCCCCGAUUUGGCAUUGGCUGCCACGCUAAAAAAAUACCAGGACAUGUACAACAAUCCGAUAAAAGCCACUAAUUUGGAGCAUCGCGACGUCGUGCUGGACAUACUCUCCGAUGCCCGGGUCGUGGGCCCGCUGCUGCAGACGGGCAUGUUCCAUGCGGAUGUGAAUCGGCGCAAUUAUAUGUACGUAUUCGGACACAACAGCGCAACGGGUCCCUAUGCAAAUCUACCGCAUAGCAUAAUGGGCGAGGAGCUGGCGUUCGUUUUUGGUGCGCCGCUGGCGCCGGCCGGCCCAUUUCCCAGCCACAACUAUUCCGUGCAGGAAAAGCUGCUUUCCGAGGCGGUAAUGGCAUAUUGGACGAACUUCGUGAAGACCGGAAACCCGAAAGCACCUUGGAAGGGCACAUUUCUGAACUCCCAUGUGUUGGAGUGGGAUCGCUAUGACUUGGAUUGGCCAGAGUUCAACAAGCGUGCCCAGGCCUAUCUCAAUAUUGGCAUUCCGCCGACAGUGGGCUACAAGUACCGUCAGAUCUAUAUGAACUUCUGGAACAAAGAGCUGCCGGACGAGUUGAAUCAAAUUGCCGCCAUACAGCAGCAGCAGCUGGCCGGAAACGAGGUGAUUACGGGCCACAUGAGUAAGUACGGGCCGCGUGACAAUGGCGCCGAGGAUCCGGUGCGUACUCUCAAAUUGCUGCUCCAGGAGCCGGUGGCGACGGGCAGCGAGCAGCUCGAAACAGCUGCGGAAAACAUGUACAAUGCCCCGCCCACAUUCGGCCACGUGCACAGGCUGCAGCAGCAGCACCAGCAGCACCAGCAGCAGCAGGGCAGCGAAGGCGUGGCCACCACUUCCGUGGAGGAGGCGACACCCAACAGCGAUUACGGGGAGUACGGGGCAUCGCCCUCCCCGGUGGCUCCCGGCGAGCCCAUUGCCAAAUCGGAGACCACGCUGCAGCUGCUCAUCGCGCUCAUUGCCAUCUUCCUGGUGCUGAAUGUGGUCAUAUACACCACGUUCCUGGUGCGGCAGCGCCGCAAGCGCAGCACCACGAUGCAGCGCAAGCUGGGCGGCAACAUCCUCAGCUACGACGGCGCCAACGACGACGAGCUGAAGCGCUGCAGCAAGUCGCGCGACGGCGACGAGAGCUACAUCCUGGACAUUGUGCGCAAGUCGAACACAUACGAGGCCAUCAAGACGGGCCAGCGCUCGCCCAUCAACGGCUAUGCCAUGCAGCGGCAGCUGAGCAGCUCCACGGUGGACACGCACACCAAGGUCUGCGAGUGGAUGUCCGCCACGCAGCACCAGCAGGCGCUGGCCAGCAAGGCGGGCAGCUUCAACACGACGCCACCGCCGGCGGCGGCGGUGCAGUGCGACGGGCGCAUCAUCAUUUGCCAGGACAUCGAGGUGGUUGACGCAGCGCUGCUGACGCCGCAGCACAUGCACGAGGGGCAGGAGGGCGUGCACUAUGAGCUGCUGCUGCAGCGCCAGCACUCGGCGCUGACCGAGCCCUGCGAGGCGGCGCUGCAGCCACAGCAUUGCCACUCGCACUCGGAUCCCGUGGACAUGAUCCUGGCCGCCGACGAGCAGGUCACCAGCUUUGUGCACGCCGACGAUGUGGACAUCAAUGUGACCAGCCGCGACGAGGCGGCGCUGGUGCUGCAGCCCCUCAGCGCCGCACAGCAGCUGGAGCUGCUGCGCCAACGCAACUACCCCAAGGUGCUGCCCACGGCGCAGGAUUUGCGCGCGAGCCACAGCUACAAGCGCAACUCGCUGCCGCCGCAGAACUACGCCACGGCGCCGCUGCCGCCGCCGCGCACCAUCAGCAGCACACUGGGCCGGCGGCGGCGCGACAGCAGCAACAUAACCACAUCCCCGCUUAUGGUGGCCCAGGACUGCGGCGAGGAGGAGCCGCGCGAGCCGCCCAUCACGCAGAACACGCUGAUUGUGGGCCCCAUUGUGCCGAAAUCGCCGGCGGCCUCGCUUAAGCGGAUUAAGCCGCCGACUCCUGGCGGACCAGACGCGCCGUUGAGCACGUUGAGUGGCUCAUUCCAGUCGUUCGAGUCGGUGCCCCCGGCGCACGAGGCAACACCGCCCCAGGGACAGCGCACCGAGUGCGUCUAUGCCAUAGCGGCGAGUGCCAGCGUCGGCUCCAUGCCGGGCAGCAGCUGGUCAGCGCCCAACGGCGAUGUCUAUGCGCAGCCCAUGAAGUCAGCCUCGAGGACGUCGCUAAUACCGCGCCCGCUGCAGACGGCAGCAGCGACGCCAGCAGCGGCGACAGCAGAGACGCCAGCUGUCACACAGCAGGUGUCAACGGCAGCUGCCACUGCGUGCGAACAAAGCUCGGCGCCUAAGGCGCCGGCCCCGACCCCAGCCCCAGCCAUGCUCAGUCGCAUACCGCAACUGCAGCGGCAGGCAUCCAGCAAGGAGCUGUCGCCGGCUGACAGCCAGCCGACAGCGGAUGCCACAACAGCAUCAAAUUCACGCAUAGACUCCACCAUCUCGAGUGGCUCAUCGGCCUCGACCGCCUCCUGGUGCAACUCGACGACAUCCUCGUCCUCCUCGUCAACCGGCACGGUGCGCACGGAACUGCAGCCGAGCCGCAGCAUCGCCACCCAUAUAUAGAGCUGCAGUUGACGCCCUGUUGCGGUCCGCUAAGCAGCUCUUGCCAAAUCCGUUGACGGCGCGGCUUGCGGCAUUUGCUGGUGUCUGCGCGAAAUUUAAUAAUACAUUCUGGCCAAAAGUUUAUCUUUGACUUGACGGUCGGAGGAGCCGUGCAGCUGCUCGAGCAUGGCAGGACCUGCGGCAGCUCGUGGUCGCCUUUGUUGGCCAAAGUUUUGCUAACUGCAAGUUGCGUCAAGGCUUUGAUUCAAAUUAGAGAGAACGAAUAUCGAAAUAACUAAUGGAAAUUCGAUUCGAGUCAAGACGAGUUUGGCCAACAAAUUGCGGUCAAAGCAAGAGAAAAA